AUGUGUGACAUCAAGGCUUUUGAUCUCCUAUCUGUGAGCAAGCAAAAACAAACAGAAAUCGCAAAAUACACUAAAGCGGAACUAGAGGCAUUGUAUCAGAUAAUUGUUGAUGGUUGGCCUGACACCAGAGACCAAGCACCUGUCAGCACACACAGUUUCUGGAACUCACGAGACGAGUUAUCUGUUAUGGACGGUAUCAUUUUCAAAGGAAUGAGGAUCGUCUUUCCACCAAGUCUUAGACCGCACAUGCUUGAACUUAUUCAUCAAUCUCACUUGGGGAUAGUCAAGUGUAAACAGAGAGCUCGUGAAGUCGCUUACUGGCCCGGUAUGAAUUCCCAGAUCGAGGAAACCGUGUGCAAUUGCUCAAAAUGUGCAACCUUUCAGAACAAACAAACCCCAGAACCUCUUAAGCCAUCACCAGUACCAGAUCCACCAUACCAAGUAGUAGGAUGUGAUCUGUUUGACUUUCAGUCCAAAAAGUACCUCAUCUUAGUGGACUACUUUUCACACUAUGUUGAUGUAGUUGAGGUGAAAUCUCCGUCAACCACCUCAAUGCUGGAAGCUAUGAAGUCAGUGUUUGCUUGUCAUGGAAUACCUAGACAACUACGGUCAGAUAAUGGACCUCAGUUCACGUCAAUUUGUCGAGUGUACGACAUUGAACAUAAUACAUCAAGCCCAAACUUCCAGAGCUCCAAUGGGGAAGCUGAACGAGCCGUUCAGACAGUUAAACGUCUUUGA